AUGUGUCAAAACGCCACAUCAGCUCCUGCGUCACCACAAUGUGGAUCCCACAUAAGUUCUCCUAUAGUGUCAUUCGAGCUUUUAAGUCAAUUCACAACCUCCAAGCCAAGCUUUACCGACACGUGUACACCAAAUCGGUCCCAUAUUUUGGGCCUUUUAAGUCAAUCCACAACCCCCGCGAGUCAAUCUUCACGACGGCUUGGUCACUUAUCAAAAUCCUAUCUUUACCAACGCACUUUUUCUCUUCCGACGAUGUCAAACGCCGGCGAUUAUCGGAAGUUCCCGAUGAGCUACAACCCUCCCGGAGCCUCCACCGGGAACACUCUUUCUCAGUUCUCGGAGGUCAGCUCCGACCCUACAGUACCACUUCUCAACCUCUCCACCGUCCAAGCUAGAAUGGACUCCCUCCAACGCUUCCUCUCCGGCUCGGUCAAUGGCAAUACUCUGAUCGGAAAAGAUCGAAUGGACAUGGUCUCCGCCGAGAUCGCUUCCGCCAUACAUCAGAUCAUAGUCAACGGAGCUGCUCUUCUCGCUUGCUCUCAGAACCCAUCUUCUCUCGAAAUAGCCCCAAACCCUAACCAGAUCAUCGGUCCCAAAUCCUCUGAUUCAACGACUUUGAUGGUCAAUCCACGAGCUGGUAGUAUUGUCUUAGAAUCAGAAAUGAAGAUGAUGGGUCUGAAAGUAGAGUUAAUUGAAGACGAAAUUAAUGACGAUUAUGAAAUAGUAGAGCUCGAUUCGGUUGAGCUUUUAGCAGAGCACAGCCAUUUCUGUGAUAUAUGUGGAAAGGGGUUCAAGCGAGACGCAAAUUUGAGGAUGCAUAUGCGAGCCCAUGGGAACCAAUUCAAAACUCCAGAGGCACUGGCAAAGCCUGAGAAGUGUGGAUCUGACAUGACUCGAAGGACAAGAUUUUCAUGCCCGUACAUGGGGUGUAAUCGGAACAAAUCACACAACAAAUUCAGGCCGCUGAAAUCGGCGAUUUGUGUUAAGAAUCACUUCAAGAGAAGCCAUUGUCCCAAGAUGUAUUCGUGUAAUAGGUGUAACAAGAAGAGCUUCUCGGUUUUGGCGGAUCUGAAGAGCCAUUUGAAGCACUGUGGAGAGACUAAGUGGAAGUGUUCUUGUGGAACCAGCUUUUCGAGGAAGGACAAGUUGUUUGGACAUGUGGCUUUGUUUCAGGGGCACAUGCCAGCGGUGGAGGAGGAGAAACAGAAAGGGGUGGUAGUAAUGGUGGAGGAUGAAGAGGAAGAGGAGGAUCCAAUGAUGAAUGGAAUGGAAUUGGAUUCUGAUAAUGGGUUUUUUGAGGGACUGCUUGAAGGGUUUGGUUCGAUUGAGGACUAUUGUUUGCAAGAUGUAUUGGGUUCUCCUAAUAGCAAUGGAAUGGAUGGGAUCUUUAACUUUUGA